AUGGCAGAAUUUACAGGUUACAAGGAAACCUCAAAUCGGCACCUACGUUUCAAAUUGCAGAGUCUCAGUCGCCGCCUUGAUGAACUGGAGGAAGCAACCAAAAAUCUGCAGAAAGCAGAGGAUGAGCUGCUUGACCUCCAGGACAAAGUUAUCCAGGCAGAAGGCAGCAACUCUAGCAUGCUGGCUGACGUUGAAGCCCUGCGGAAAAGAGUGCUGAAGAUCGAAGGCAAGGAUGAAGAAAUUAGGAAGGCUGAAGAGCUUUGCCGGUUAAUGAAAGAAAAACUUGAAGAGGAAGAGAGCCUCACCCGAGAGCUGAAGUCAGAAAUCGAACACCUUCAGAGGAGAAUGGCAGAGCUGGAGAAGCUGGAGGAGGCCUUCGGCAGGAGCAAGAACGACUGUACACAGCUGUGUCUUAGCCUCAAUGAAGAAAAGAACUUGACCAAAAAGAUAUCUACAGAAUUAGAAAUACUUAGAGUGAAAGUGAAAGAACUGGAAGCAUCUGAGGACAGGCUGGAUAAAACUGAGCAGAGCUUAACGGGCGAGUUAGAAAAACUGAAAUCCUUAGCGCUGAGCUUUAUCACUGAAAGAAAACAUUUUAAUGAAAGAGAAAAGCAGAAUGAAAAAAUAAUCCAGGAGCUAACACAGAAACUAGAACAAAACAAUAAACUCAAUAGGGCAGAUCAAACUAGAAAUGCAUCCAACUUGCUAGAAAGGUCAUCAAAUAAUCUCCUGGACAGAAAUGAUUUGAGAAUUGAAGAUGACUUGACUUCUGUGUUGCCCUCUAAGGAGACCAGGAGGAAGGGAAGUGUGGAUUACCUGAAACAUGUAGAAAAUGAAACCAGGAACAAAUCAGAAAACCAAAAGAAUAAAAAUCAGGAAGACAACAAAGUGAAAGAUCUCACCCAAGAAAUUGAGAAACUUAAAACUCAGAUCAAACGUUUUGAGUCUUUAGAAGAAGAACUUAAAAAAAUGAAAGCCAAAAACAAUGACCUGCAAGACAGUUACUUGAGUGAACAAAAUAAAAACAAACUCUUAACUGGUCAGCUAGAAGAAAUAAAAAUGCAAAUAAAGAAACAGAAAGAUCUGGAGAAUGGAGAGGUCGAAAAUGAAGAUACAAGCUUUUCCAGCACAGGAAGACAUGACAGACCUAAAUACAGAGGUGUCACAGCUGAUUUGACAGCUGCGAAGCACAAGCCAAGGGAGCUCUCACCGCAGCAGCGCCGGGAAAGAGCAAGGAACAGAGAUUUCUCUGUCGGUAACGACAGCUACAGCCACGGUGUUAAGCAGGUGCCCAGUCCAAGCUUAAUGAACAGAAAAGCAGGAAAAGCAUCUGGUGCAUCUGCCCUUUCAGACACUGCUGUGACAGAUACAAAAAGACUGGAAGAGAAAUCUUUAGUUUCCACUUUUUCUUCUGGUCAGAAGGAAGGCUACGUCACACAGCAUGAGGGGAAGAGAUCAAAAGAGCAGCCAUCUGUCCUCAGCCGAUAUCCUCCUGCUGCACAGGAGCAGAAAUCUUGGAAAGCACCUUCCAAACCUGUUGGUGACGCAGGCCUGAGAUCCAAGGCUGAAAAGCCAUCUCAGGUGCUCCGUGGCAACUGCCAAACCGGUGCUGACGCAAGGGAUGAAAAGUCAAGCAAAGGAGAAUCAGUGGCUUCUUUGGCUGAGAAGCUGAAAACAAGUCAGGCAGAAGUCAGUGACUGCUUGGGGGACACGCUGCUCGCCAGAGGUAAUCACGCCUCUACCAACGGUACAGCUUCAGCGUACAGGUAUCACCUCUCCUCCCAUGUGUCAGCAUCGGACUCCACUGGUUCUAAAGCAGAAGCAGUGAACACUUUUGCUGUGUCACACAGGCAGCCCUUGGAGGGGAGGGCUAAAAGAGCAAUAAUUUCCCAGGAAAAAGAAUUUGCAGACACAUCACUUGAAAGUGCGAAGCCUUCAACACUAACAAAGCGUUCCCAUCGCUCCAGGAGUCAGGAAGACAUUCUGCAGAUUCUCACAGGUCUUGAUAAAGAAGACACGGAGCAGUCCUCAACUGCAGCAACGGAUCACGUAAAUGCUGGCUUAAAAACAGACUCCAAAAGCAUCCAGAGUAACCAGGAAAAACUUAAUUCAAAUGAAGAAUCGGGAAGAAUAACCACUCAGUCAGAUUUUGAGACAAGAAAGAAAGUCAGUUCUAAGCAGUUCUCCAAUUCCAGGGGAGUUUUUAGAGCAUCACUUUUUGAAAAUGACAAAAACACUGUAAAUGAUGAAGACUCCACCAAGUGUAUAAAACCAUCAGAUGCCAGCACUGGAGGAUUUAAAUCCAGAAGGUCGUUCAGCCCGAGAGAAGCUCUGAGAUCAAAAGCUGUCAUUAAACCUGCAAUUGUUGAAAAGGAUAUGAAGGCAGUCAUGGGAGGGACUGUUUCUGAGGCAGAGUCAGAAAAACAGAAGUCUGUUUUUAAAAUGGUAACAAAUAAAAUGACAAGCAGCAUCACAAUCUUCCCUUCUGAGCCAACAGCUCCAAGGACCAGUGCAGAUAUAGCAGCAAAGGAAAGACAUGUUACCACCAGCAACAUCAGAGUUGCUCCAAAUGAGCCUUCACCAAUAACAAACAAUCUCCCCACACCCUUCGAGAUAUCAAUUAAUAAAAGUGCUCUGAAAUUAUCUGAGAUGGACAGAAUUGGAGAGGCAGUGCCGAGAAGUAAAGCAGAAACAGUGGUCUCCAGAAGCAGCAUUAUGAUAAAGACUUCUGAACUCACAGAGAGGAACAGUGAGCCACCUUCGGAGACAAUCAACUGGAAGAGCCACGGCUCUUCAGAUGCAGCUUCAUCCGAAACAAAACAUGUCACUGUGAGAAGUUCCUGGAGAACAAGACAAGGCUUACAUUCCCUGGAGGACUCUCAAACCAAAGUGGAGAAAAGUGCAGCUUCCAGUCGUACAAACGUAUGUAGGUCCUCAGUGGAUCUCACAGAAAUGGAAGGGAAUAGUGCAAGAACAAACUCCCUGGAGCAGACAUCAGCAAGGACCAGUGCCACGGCUAAUUCCUGGAGUGCCCCUGAACUGGGGUCCCGAAGGACCAAGAGUAACUUAAGUGCAUCUGAACUGCUAACACGCAGGAGCUAUGCAAGUGAUCCUGCAGCGGCUUCUGCAUGGCACCGGACCAUGCUACCUGAUGAAAGCAGAGAUUUUGUGCCCAGUUCCAGAAGAAAACAAUACGGCUCUUCUGAGUACAUCUCACAGGUUGACACACCAGGGAAAAGGCCAGCCACCAAGAUGGAGCUGCAGGACCCUGAAUCCAACCCCCAUGCAUCACUGGGUCUCCAAGUGGAGGAGCAGGGUGCUUCCCGUGCCUGCUGGACAACAUCUCGGAGAUGA